AUGGAUAUAAGUGAUGGUAAUAUUGAUUUUAUUAUUGACGCAACACAUGGUGUCGGGCACAUGUGGGAAAGCAUUGAAGAUGAUAAUACAAUACCAGAAGGAUCUAAGGAAGUGAAAAGAGCGAAAACCUAUCAAAUCCUGGUAGGGACAUAUAAGAGUGUUACUGGUGAAAAUCCAAAUAAAAAAUCUCGAUUGGCACAAAAAGAAACAAAGAAAUGCGAUUGCGAAAGUUACUUUUUUAUUAUAGGCACUUUAAAGAGGCAGAGAGUAUGCCAGUUAAUCAACGAAGCUUUAUGUGAUGUGCCUGUGAGAGACCAGGUUAGAGCUCGUGAACACAGGAACCAUAGUCAUAGUACUUCUAACACAGGAAGUUUUACCAUACAGGCUUCAAUUGACUAUGUAGUCCGCAUAUUUACGGGUUAUGGUGUCCCAUACCGUUUUCGUGUACGUAGAUAG